AUGCUAUAUCCGCAACCAAUUGCAGUGGCAUUUCUGAACCUGUGGUUGCUGUUAUCUUUGAAGCCUGUUUCCGUAUUUGUCUUUCACAUGUCAAGACUGACGCACAUUGUCUCACAGUUUUUCACUGCCCUCUACAUCAACAAGUCGUUGAAAACACCGCAAAUGUCUAGCCUGUUGAUGGUUGGAAUGAUGAGUCCGUACCGUAGCGUGCGGCAUUGUUAA